UAAACAAUAUUGUUAACACAACGACAUGGGACACCGCUGUAUCGCAGUAAUAACGUUCCGUGCCGGUUGCUGACGAGUCACUGGACUCUUUGUUAUUGUUUUUAAUUUUUAUUUCGUACCCGUUCCCGUUCGAAAUGUCCGAAUCCGUCAGCACGGUGUUGGCCCGUUUCAAAUCGGAAACGGGCGAAAUCGUCAGCAACAUGAUGGACCUACCGCGAAACGUCAGCGUCAGCAAUUUACAGUUGAUUUGCAAUUCCAUUCUUAAACAGAAUGAGACUGUCCCGUACGCUUUUUUUGUUGAUGAAAAAGAAAUCACAGAGAAUCUGGACCAAUGUUUGGACGGUAAGAAGUUUAGCACAGAACUGGUGAUUGAUAUUAUCUACCAAGAGCAGGCUGUGUUUAAGGUUCGGCCAAUUACCCGGUGUAGUAGUUCAUUACCAGGUCACGCCGAGGCUGUGAUAUCUGUUCAGUUUAGUCCAGACAGCCGGAAAUUAGCCAGUGGGUCUGGUGACACGACAGUGAGAUUUUGGGAUCUUGACAUGCAAACACCUUUACAUACUUGUCAAGGACAUAAAAAUUGGGUAUUAUGUAUUGCUUGGUCUCCAAAUAGCAAGUACUUGGUAUCCGGUUGCAAAAAUGGAAUGAUUAUGUCUUGGAACGUGGAAACAGGCAAACGGAUUGGUCCACCGAUGACUGGACAUAAACAAUGGAUUACUGCGCUUUGUUGGGCUCCAUAUCAUUUAUAUCCUGAAUGUAGAAUAUUUGCCAGUAGUAGUAAAGAUGGAGACAUUCGUAUUUGGGAUGUCAUACUUGGUCAGUGUCAAAGAUCUCUCACUAGCCAUACACGUAGUAUUACCUGUUUAAAAUGGGGUGGAACUGGUUUACUGUACAGUAGUUCUCAAGAUCGUACCAUUAAAGUUUGGAGAGCUGAUGAUGGUGUCUUAUGUAGAACGUUGGACGGACAUGCUCACUGGGUAAAUACUCUUGCGCUUAGUACAGAUUAUGUGUUGAAAACUGCAAUGGUACCCCAACCGCCAUUGUAUAGUAAAAGUGAUGACAUGGUAGCUGAUGCUAAAAAAAGAUAUGAUGCAGUUGUUCAAAAUGGCGGGGAACGAUUGAUUUCUGGUUCAGAUGAUUUUACAUUAUUCUUAUGGGCUCCUGAGAGCAGUAAACACUCUGUUGCAAGAAUGACUGGACAUCAACAGCUGAUCAACUGUGUUCAAUUUUCACCAGAUGCACGGAUAGUUGCAUCUGCUUCAUUUGACAAAUCUAUAAAAUUGUGGGAUGGAAAAUCUGGACAAUUUCUUGGAACAAUGCGAGGUCAUGUACAAGCAGUUUACAUGAUAUGUUGGUCUGCCGAUUCUAGGUUAUUAGUCAGUGGAAGUGCUGAUUCGACACUUAAAGUUUGGGAUGCAAAAGCCAAAAAAUUACAAGGCGAUCUUCCUGGUCAUGCGGAUGAAGUUUUUGCUGUUGAUUGGUCACCAGAUGGACAUCAAGUGGCUUCGGGUGGUAAAGACAAAGUACUUAGACUGUGGACACACUAGUAAAUUAUUGCUGGUAAUAACAUAUUUUUCUAUAUGAUCGACUUUUUUCAGUGUAUUAUAAUGUGUAAAUAAAU